UCUUCACUUUCCCAUCUAAACAACAGAAUCUCGAUCUGAACUGCUUACAUACCAGACACUUGACCUUCGCCGCAACUCAACAAUCUCAUUUCAAAAUGCCCACUCUCCGCAUCGCCAUACUCGAAUGCGACACACCGCUAGACAAAGUACGCAACAAGUACGGCACCUAUGGUGACAUCUUCACAGAACUUCUGAAGCAUGGAAGUGAGGAGUUGACUGCUGAAGGUGAAGAAGUCAAGGUGGAAUGCUCAAGUUAUGAUGUCGUUGAUAAGCAAGAAUACCCUGAGCAUUUGGAAAAGGUUGAUGCUAUUUUGAUGACGGGAAGCAAAUACAACUCCUUCGACAACGACCCAUGGAUCAUCAAGCUCGUCGAAUUCACCCGCAAAAUCUUGGAAUCUCAAUCUCGCAUUCGCGUCCUCGGCAUCUGCUUCGGUCAUCAAAUCGUCGGCCGCGCUCUGGGUGCCAAAGUCGCACGCGGCGAGCAAGGCUGGGAAGUCAGCGUUACACCCCUCGAACUUACCUCCUUGGGCAAAGACAUCUUCGGCGUUGACACCUUGAGUAUCCACCAAAUGCACCAAGACAUGGUAUACUCCUACCCCACGGGCAUCCUACCUCUAGCCCACACCACCCGCUGCGAAAACCAAGGCAUGUAUGCCAAAAACCGCUUAAUCACUGUCCAAGGACAUCCAGAGUUCAACAGGGAAAUGGUGACGCAUAUUUUGACCGCUAGACAUGAUGCCGGUGUGUUUAAUGAUGAGAUUUACAAGGAUGGCAUCAAGAGGGUUGGAGAUACACAUGGUGGUGCUGUGAUCGCCAAGGCGUUUUUGAAGUUUUUGUUGCAGAAAUAGAAGAGAUAGAACGGGCAGGGUUGUUGAAGCGGGAAGAGCUGGCUGCUGGCAAAUCGUUUCUCGAAUGGAAAGUGCAGUUCUCAGAGCGCUUUCGGCACUUGCUUUUCCAGACUUCCGUCUCGCAAUCAUGACAUGCUGAUGUCGUAGCUGUAGAAAUGCACAAUGAUUCUACACAUCGAGUGUAUGACCAAUGAGAGCUGAGCGGGUAGAGGGUAGAGAGAAGAGUCUGACAGAUGAGCAUCACUGAUUUUAAGGAAGC